UGUGCGGGCGGUGGCAGCGGCGGCAGCGGCGGCGGCGGGGGGAGAUGGCCGGCCCGCAGCACGCCCCGCACCUCCACCUGGCCGAGCUCACCGCCUCCCAGUUCCUCGAUGUCUGGCGGCACUUCGACACGGACGGAAAUGGCUACAUUGAAGGCAAAGAGCUGGAAAACUUCUUCCAGGAGCUGGAAAGUGCAAGGAAGGGGGCGGGUGUGGACUCAAAGAAUGGCAGCUUGGGAGACAAGAUGAAGGAGUUCAUGCACAAGUACGACAAAAAUGCAGACGGCAAAAUUGAGAUGGCAGAGCUGGCUCAGAUCCUGCCCACGGAGGAGAAUUUCCUGCUGUGUUUCCGCCAGCAUGUGGGCUCCAGCUCGGAGUUCAUGGAGGCUUGGCGCAGGUAUGACACAGACCGCAGCGGCUACAUUGAAGCCAACGAGCUCAAGGGCUUCUUGUCGGACCUGUUGAAGAAGGCAAACCGGCCCUACGAUGAGCCCAAGCUGCAGGAGUACACGCAGACCAUCCUGCGGAUGUUUGACAUGAAUGGCGACGGGAAGCUGGGCCUCUCAGAGAUGUCCAGACUUUUGCCUGUGCAAGAAAACUUCCUUCUGAAGUUCCAGGGGAUGAAGCUGUCUUCGGAGGAGUUCAAUGCCAUCUUUGCCUUCUAUGACAAGGAUGGGAGCGGCUUCAUUGAUGAGAAUGAGCUGGAUGCGCUUUUGAAAGACUUGUAUGAGAAGAAUAAGAAAGAGAUGAACAUCCAGCAGCUCACCAACUACAGGAAGAGCAUCAUGAACCUCUCCGAUGGGGGUAAACUCUACCGCAAGGAACUGGAGAUUGUGCUCUGCAGUGAGCCCCCCAUGUAGGACCCCCCUGCCCCAUGCUUCUCCUCCUCUUCCUCCCCCAAACCAAGCACAAUGGAGGAGCACCCAGCACCACAGCACCGGCGGGGGGUACAGGGAGGGCGGUGGCUGCCGAGUCUCCAGUGGGGGAGUCCUGCUGCCCCUCCCCACCGGUGCACCCCAGCAGCUCUUGCGUUUGCUGUAGGUCAUUAGAAUCCCACUUUGGGGGGAAAAACUGUUUGGUUCUUGGUUUGUUUGUUUUGGUUUUUUUUUUUUUUACACAUCUGCCUCGUUGGUUUAAUUGUAUUUUUGGGGGGUUGUUUCUGUUCCUUUGGUCUCUUGUUGAGUUGUUCUCGUUUACCAAAGAAGAGUUUACAAAUAAAUAAUUCGAGUACUGCUACUGUUGAGCCCCU